GACACAUUUGAAAUGCAAGUGGAUGCAAUUAAACCUGGUCAAAAUGUAAUUAUUGUAGAUGAUUUAAUUGCUACAGGAGGCACGGCUGCGGCGGCUGGACAACUUGUGGAAAAAAGCGGUGGGAAACUUUUAAAAUAUAUUUUUUUGAUUGAAUUAGCAGAUUUAAAUGGUAGAAAAAAUCUUGGCUUAGAAUUAAUGAUUCGACGUCAGAUUUCAGAUAUAUCUUAUAAUAUGAUUUUACAGGCAAUCAAUAAUGAGGAUGCAUCCAAUGCUUUAGUUAAUGAUAAAAUUAGGGAGCAUAUCCCAAUUAAUGCGAAAGAUCGAAUCUUUCUUUACUGGUCUUUUCAUCCAAAAUAUAUACUUGCAAAUACUAUUUGUCCAGAGCUUGCAACCAGUGGCUGGUUUAAGCCUAUUCAUGUUCCUUUGGGUUUAAGCAAACUGUUUCAUGACUCUAAUUAUGUGAACAGUUUAUCUAUGAGAGAGGGGUUACUCAUGAGAUUGUUACUACUUGGCAGUCCGGGUUCGGGUAAAGGAACUCAGUCUUCUCGCAUACAAAAAAAAUUCAAUGUUUCAGUUAUAUCGAGUGGUGAUAUCCUUCGUCAAAAUAUAGCUCGCGGAACAAAAAUUGGUAAAAUUGCUGCCAGAGAAAUCGAACGUGGAGCCUAUGUAUCGGAUGAUAUUAUGAUUGAGCUCAUUACGAAAGAGCUUCAGAACAAACAACAGAAUUGGUUGCUGGAUGGCUUCCCUCGAACUAUUAAUCAAGCUAUAGCUCUGGAUGAUAGAAUGGCCAUGACAGACCGAUCAUUAAAUUUAGUAAUCAAUCUAAAUGUACCGGAAGAAGUAAUAUUACAACGAAUCAUGGAUCGAUGGGUACAUGUACCAUCUGGACGUGUUUAUAACCUAAGUUAUAAUCCUCCAAAAAUAAAUGGUCUUGAUGACAUUACUGGAGAAAAACUGACAAAACGUUCUGAUGAUAAUCCUGAGACAUUUAAGAUUCGUCUUCAAAAACAUAGAUCUUUAACUGAACCGUUAUUAGAAUAUUAUGCGAAACGUAAUAUAUUAAUUACUUUUCACGGUCGUACAAGUGAUGAAAUUUAUCCACAAAUUGAAAGAGAACUUUUAAGACGAUUUGGUAUCGGAAAUUUAGGUAUUGAUAAUUAA